GACGUAGUAUAUUACCGAUAAUGCAGAGCGAACUGACUCACAUGUUGUUGAGUCAAAUAAUUUUUUUGCAACAUGAGAUCAGAGAGUAAAGUUUUUAAAUUGAAUGAUUAAGUGAAUAUUUUAAAAAACUCUGAAACUUAUAAAUUUUGAGAAGUUUUCGAUAAUUAAAUUUUGAAACAGUACCACAAGGUUAUUUCACUAAGCUCUCUAUUUCUGCAGUAAAUAAAUAUAAAUAAUAACAGUCCAUUAGCUGGACACAGAGACAAAUUGUUUACAAAUGUGAAUAAUUAUAGAAUUAUAAUUCAUGAGUAUAGAUAUUCAAUCCACUCAUUCUGCAUAUUCCAAGGACAUUUUUAAAUAAAAAAACAUUUGUCAAUAGAGAGUAGUUAAACAAAAAAAACUGGAGGUUAUGAAAUCUCAAGUAUUUCAUGCGUGGCACAUCUUUAUAACGGGAUCUUCAGUUAAUAAUCUUAAAUAGAAACAAGCUACUUUAAAAAAUUUAUUUAUUCAAAAAUGGUACAAAAUAAUCAAUUUACUAUCAAAGAAGCACAGGCAGUAUUUGAAUCUGCGAAAAAACAACCACAUAUUAAUUAUUCGCUAUUAAUUUUGGAAAAAUGUCUUAAUACAUAUAGUAUUGAUGAACUCUUUAUGAGUUUUAAUGGAGGUAAAGACUGUACGGUGAUUCUCCAUUUGACAUCUGCUUUAUUAAAAAUGAAAGAAGAAUCAAAACCAUUGACAUGUCUUUACGUAAGAGACGAUCCUUUUCCUGAAGUAGAUGAAUUUGUAAAUAAAGCGACAAGAUAUUAUGGAAUAAAAGUAUUGACAAAAAAGAAGCCAAUAAAAGCAGCUGUAGAGGCUCUCUUAAAUGAAAAUAAAGAUUUAAAAGCUAGUUUAAUGGGUACAAGAAGAGAUGAUCCUGGUUCACAAUCGCUGGAGCCUUUUAAAUAUACUGAUCCUAGUUGGCCAAAAAUUAUGAGAGUUAAUCCAAUUCUUGAUUGGUCUUAUAGUCAAGUUUGGCAAUUUAUAUUGGAGCACCAAGUUCCAUAUUGCUCACUAUAUGAUCAAGGCUACAGCAGUCUUGGUGAUAGAAAUAAAACUGUUCCAAAUCCUCUUUUAAAAGAUCCUGAUAAUCCUUCACGAUAUCUGCCUGCUUAUAUGCUAAUAGAUGAAUCUACAGAGAGACAUGGAAGAUAGAAAUGUAUUAAUUCAAUUAUAAAUAGUUCAAUUAUUUAUAGCUUAUCGGAGUAAAUUACAUGUUAUGACAGUUAGAAUUAUGAUUACGAUGUUCAGAUUAUUAAAUUAAGUAAUGAAAAUUUUUUUCAGAUC